AUGACGCAUGACAAAAAGAAAGUUCUGGAUGAAAGGGAUAAGAUUUACAGUCAAAUGUCAGAGUAUUUGCAACUGCAAACCAUCAUUGAAAAGCUGCAGGACACCAAUUUGACAGAGGAACCAAUAAGAACAAAAAUAGAUCUUGGCUGUAACUUUUACGUACAAGCAAAAGUGCCAGAUGCAUCCAAGAUCUUUGUUUCAGUUGGUUUUGGUUUCUUUGUUGAAUUCACACUUCCUGAGGCCAUUCGCUUCAUAGACAAAAAGAUGUCCCAUCUCAAUGAAAUCUCUGCCAAGCUUACUCACCAAGCUUCAGAAAUCAAGGGGCACAUAAAGCUUGUGCUGGAAGGGAUACGUGAACUUCAGCAUCUAGAUGAUGGCAUCCCUCCUAGUCAAACUAAUAUCAGGGAAUGAAGAAGGGAAGUGGUAACUUCUGAGAUCCAACUCAGUGAUGAAAAUAUCCCAAAGGAUGCCCCUUCUACAAGUCAUGAUGGUGUUGGGCACAGGUGGCAUAUAUCAGAGAGUGAGCAAGAGACAGGAGGUGUUUUUAGGAGUGAAGCAGCAAGAAGGCAGCUCCCAGUGCAGCUCUGUGACAUGACCAGAGCUCGACUGACGUGAACACCAUCUGUUUUUGUAUGAAUGUGACAUAAAUCCAACAAGUAGACCAUGGUCAUCAUAAUGGCAGGAAGUUGGUUUUUAUCUUGAAGUUGUUUAUUGUGAUUCAAGUUACUGAAAAUGUGAAUCAGAGGUUUUUAGUUUGGAAAUCAACUUGGGAGUACAAAUACAAGACAGAUUCAUUGGAUUGUUUAAAUACGAAGGCACUGCCAAAUGUCAGUGUGAUGAAUUAAAUCCAAGAAAAUUUAAUCAGACUAAUGCAAGUAACAA